AUGUAUUCAUUCCUUCGCUCCUUCGCUGCCCUGGUGGCAGCCAGUUCCGCCCUGCAGCCCGUCCUCGCCCAGUCCGGCGAUCCGACCGUCUACACCGACGCCGACACGGGCAUCGUCUUCGACACCUGGUCUGUCGACGCCAGCUCCUCCUCCGCCGGAUUCACCUUCGGCGUCGCCCUCCCCGAGGAUGCCCUCGAUACCGACGCCACCGAGUUCAUCGGGUACCUGUCCUGCAGCUCGUCGGCCACAACGCAGUUCACCGGCUGGUGCGGCCUGUCCAUGGGCUCGUCGAUGAACAGUAACCUGCUGCUGGUGGCGUAUGCGCAGGACGACACCGUGCUGACGUCUUUCCGGUUCUCGUCUGGAUAUGCCAUGCCCUCUGUUUAUUCCGGUAAUGCAACACUGACCCAGAUCUCGUCGACGGUGUCGAAUGAUAAGUUCGAGGUUAUCUUCCGCUGCCAGGAGUGUCUGCGCUGGGACCACGAGGGUGUUUCUGGCUCUGCGACUACGAGCGCCGGCCAGCUUAUCCUUGCCUGGGCGCAGGGCGAGGAGUCGCCCACCAACGCUGACUGUCCUGAUGACUUUUCGCUUGUCCAGCACGAGGCUCAGGGGAUCUGGGUUGGCCAGCUGAAUGCUAAGGCUGCUACUUCGAACUACGAGACUUGGGCUGCGCUUGCGACGAACGUUGUCGAUGGUACCUGUGGCUCCUCUGGUAGUGGCAGUGGCAACAGCACAACCCCCGGCAACGGCACCGACACCGAUACCACGAUUGGCGUUCCUGUCCCUGCGAAUGUUACAUACGACUACAUCAUCGUCGGCUCCGGACCCGCAGGAAUGGUCCUCGCCGACCGGCUCAGCGCGACCGGCGCAAAGACGCUCCUUAUCGAGAAGGGACCGCCCUCCAUCGGCCUGUGGAACGGCACCAUGAAGCCCGACUGGCUGAACGGGACUGACCUGACGAGAUUCGACGUCCCUGGCCUCUGCAACGAGAUCUGGAAGAACAGCGAUGGCAUCGCCUGUCCCGACAACGACCAGAUGGCAGGCUGUCUCGUUGGUGGCGGAACGGCCGUGAACUCGGGUCUCUGGUGGAAGCCGUACAGCCGGGACUUCGACGAGUCGUUCCCCGAGACAUGGAAGUACGACGACGUCAAGGAUUCUGUCUCCAAAGUCUUCACUCGUAUUCCGGGAACCAUUACCCCCUCCACCGACAACCGGCUGUACCUCGCCGAGGGUCCCAGCGUUAUCAUGAACGGUCUUCUCGCCUCUGGCUGGAAGGGCACCACCUUCAACGAUGAGCCCGAGGCCAAGUACAAGACCGUCGGGUACAGCCCGUACAUGUUCAGCCAUGGCCAGCGCAACGGGCCGAUGGCGACGUACCUGCUCGAUGCGUAUAACCGACCCAACUUCGACUUCUGGGUGAACACCGUCGUGAAGCGCGUUGUGCGUGAGGGAUCCACUGUAACUGGCGUUGAACUCGAGCCGUUCAACGAUGGCGGUUACGAGGGAAGUCUGCAGCUGGCUGAGGGAGGCCGUGUGAUUCUGAGCGCCGGCGCGUUUGGCACGCCGAAGAUUCUGUUCCGCAGUGGAAUCGGCCCCGAGGAGCAGCUCGCCAUCGUCAACGCCUCCUCGUCCGACGGACAGGACUUCAUUUCCGAAGACCAGUGGAUCAACCUGCCUGUUGGCGAGAACCUGAUGGAUCACCCUAACACCGAAAUCGUCGUCCAACACCCCGACAUCGUCUUCUACGACUUCUACGGCGCCUACAAGGACCCCAUCGCCGCCGACGCGCAGAGCUACCUGGUAAACCGCACCGGCCCCCUCGCGCAAUCCGCCCCCAACGUAAACCCCGUCUUCUUCGACAUGGUAACCGGCUCCGACAACAUCACGCGCCAACUGCAAUACCAAGCGCGCGUCGAAGGCGCCCACAACAUCGCGGACGGGCACACGAUCUCCAUCAGCCAGUACGUCGGGCGCGGCCAGACCUCCCGCGGGAAACUGAGCAUCACGUCUGCGCUGAAUACCGUUGUCAGCACACUCCCCUGGCUGCAGGACGAGCACGACCAGGACGCUGUGAUCGCGGGCUUCGAGAGGCUGCGCCAGUCCUUAAACACGAUCCAGGGACUCACGUGGGCGUAUCCCACCGCUAAUGUGAGCAUGUCCGAGCAUGUGAAGGGGAUUGCGAAGACCGGGCGCGGGAGUAACCACUGGAUGGGAUCGUGCAAGAUGGGAUCCGAUGAUGGGCGCGAUGGUGGCGAUGCUGUUGUCGAUCUGGAUACGAAGGUCUAUGGCAUGGACAACUUGUUUGUGGUCGAUGCGAGUAUCUUCCCCGGCAUGAUUAGUACGAAUCCGUCGGCUUAUAUUACGGUUGUUGCGGAGAGGGCGGCGGAGAGGAUCCUUGCGUUGCAGGGGUAG